AUGAAGGUCAUCUGCUCGUCCGAGUUUGUUACCAUCCCCGAUGGCGGUGCGUAUUCCCUGCUCUCCCCUCUUGCUCUGCAAACGGCGGUGCCCUGGCAUGUCAAAGACAUUGUGGUGGUGGUGGUGGUGGUGGUGGUGGUCCUGGUGGUCUUGUUGCGUUUUGAGAAAGUCACCGUCGAGGUGAACCAGCGCCACAUCAAGGUGACCGGCAAGCGCGGCACUUUGGAGCGCGUCUUCAGGCACAUCCAGACGGAGAUUGUCUUCGUCUCUGCUCAGAAGCUCAAGGUCUCGUGCUGGUUGGCCAACAAGAAGGCCCUCUCGUGCGUGCGCACCGUUGCCUCCCACAUCAAGAACAUGAUCAAGGGUGUCUCGUACGGUUUUGCCUACACCAUGAAGACGGUGUAUGCGCAUUUCCCCAUCAACUUGGCCUUUGAUGGCGACAAGACGAUCAACAUCCGCAACUUCCUUGGCGAGAAGGUUGUGCGCACCCGUCACAUGCUUGAGGGUGUCACCGUCAAGUCCACUUCCAACAAGGACGAGAUUGUUGUUGAGGGCAACGACAUUGAGAAGGUCUCCCUCUCGGCCGCUCUCAUCCACCAGUCGACUCUGGUCACCAAGAAGGAUAUCCGUAAGUUCCUUGACGGUAUCUACGUCUCGGACGUCGGCACCGUUGACCCCAUUGACGCAUAAACAUGCCAAGGUGGCCAAUAUUGCACGCCCGUGGUACAGCCUCGGAUCCAGCGAGCGUGGAAAUUGCAAUCUUGAUUGUU